CAUCCCUUGAUUGAAAAAUUGAAGCCAGGUGAAACAGACUAUGGGCAUGAUACAAGAAAUGAUAAGAAACUAUAGGCCAGGGGUGGACUGACAACUCAUGGGGCCCCCGGGCAAUAGGGGAUCACGGGGCCCCUGUGUCCUUGCCCAAACUCAAAAAAGCUAUGAAAAAGGUACCAGGGGCAUCUCAUGGGGCCCCCUACUGACCCCGGGCCCUCGGGCACUGCCCGAGUUUCCAAAUGGUCAGUCCGCCCCU